AUGCGGAUAUCGACAUUGAUCACCGCCUUCUCGACGGUGGCCAUCGCCUCCGCUGGCGUGAUGGCGCUUGACAUUGGCGACGAGAUGCGUAUGGGCUGGAAGAUGGGCCUGCUGCCGCGCCAGGGUUCGCAGAACCUGCAGACUUUCGACGGCGACCUGGGGGGAGUCAAGGCGUCUGCGAUCACCAAGUCGAAUAACCCUGAACGACCAUUCGAGGUUGACGGUGACACCUUUCCCGACUUCGCAACGGCCGCGAACAGGUCGUGCGACAACCAGAAGAACAAGUGCUCACAGGCAGCCAACAACGGGGAGAAGAAGUUCGAGGUGUCCGAGUGCGACAAGCAGGCCGAGCAAUGCAGGACGUCGAUCGACUCGGCGGCGAAGCAGAGCUUCGGCGAGCCGGUGUUCGCGGGCACGGAUGGGAACUUUGACAUCUUUUGUGACCCGUGA